AUUUUGUUGCAUUCAUUUGCAUUUUCGCACUGAUACAAAUAUGCCACAGUACAUCAUAACACCAUUGCUAAUGCUUACUUACAUAUCCAUAUAUUUGAAUUAAUAUAUAAUACAAGAAGAAGUGUUAUCGAUUCCGAAUUAUUUCAUCAUCUCCACAUUACUUUCUAAUUCAUCAAAGACUUUUGAUUAUCCAGUAGACAAAUCUUCACUUGAAUUCUUAUAAAACAAGCGAAUCACUCAGUAGGACCUUCUUACAUUUAUUAUAUUAAAGGUGAAGUUAUCAAACAGUGUGUCAUUUACUCUAUCUAACCAACUUGCAUAAAGGCGGACAAUACGGAAGUUUUAAUAUAAUUUGCAGUAAAAAUAGCGAUUAUUCAACCAUCGCUGUUUUAUGAUUCUUCUGAUGGUGUGUUCUUCUCAAUCCUCUGUUUAAUGCUUAAAAAUUUAGCCAGUUACUUGAAUAUUUCAACACAAAAAGACUCUCGCAUCAACAACUAAUCUAUUAUCAAUAUUACCAAUGACAGAAAUAACUGAAUACUUUACAACAACAUCAUUAACUACGCCAUUGGAUACAACUGAAUGUGAACCUAUCGAGUUUUUAGAAACAUUUGGACGUGUUUAUGGCGAAAUGCAUGGAUAUAUCACACUGUUUCUAUGCCCUAUUUGUGUACUAUCUAAUAUUUGCAUUGUAAUUGUUCUAAAUCAGCGUAGUAUGAUAUCGCCAACAAAUUUUCUUCUGACAUCUUUAGCAAUAAGUGAUGGCCUCCUAAUGAUAUUUUAUAUCCCAUUUGCAAGUUAUUUUCUCAUUGGUCGGCAUACACGGAAUUCAAGUUAUAGUUGGGCGGUUUUCUUACAAUUUCAUAUAAAUUUACAAAAUUUUUUACACUUAACUUCAAGUUAUAUUGUUGUUGUGAUAGCUGUAUUUCGUAUUCUCUAUGUACGAUUUUUGGUACAAUGUCAUAUAUUGUGUAGUAUGCAAAGAGCUAAACUGGCUAUCACACUCGUCCUCAUCAUAAGUAGUAUAUUGACUAUUCCGUGUGUAAUCACGCAUCAUAUUGUACGGAAUAAUAAUGAGAAUGAAGAAAAUGGUUACAUGGUGACAUAUAAAGAAAAUGAAGUCAUGUUAAACUAUCUGUAUUGGAAUACAGCUAUUUUCUCUAAACUACUUCCGCUGUUAUGUUUAAGUGUACUUAGUUUUAUGCUGAUAUUUACUGUACGUAAACAGAAUUCCCGCAUGCGUAGAAUGAAAGCACAAUCGAAAAUUGGUAGAAUUCAUGCGAUUGCAGUGAAAUCCCCGUCAAAUUUAUCAACAACUAUGACAAAUGCAUCGUAUCUGUUAGAAAAGGCGAAUCAUGCAGAUAAUGAUAUGAAAAAUAACAAUACUAAUACUAACACUAUUAAUAAUAAUAAUAAUAACAAUAAUAAUAUAAUGAAUGAUAAUGGCGACACAGUGAUAAUUAAACUUUCCAGUCUUAAAGAAUCCCCGUCUUCAUCGUCAACAGCACCAGUAUCAGCAACAACAACAACACUAACACCAACACCAACCCCAAAUGCUAACAGAGAACGAAAAAGUAAAACAUUUGAAAAUGAACGUGAUAAAGUGGAGAAUCGAUUGACAAAAUUUUUACUUACAAUUGUUUUUAUAUUUAUGAUCACUUUACUUCCACAGGCAAUCUUAUUAUUUUUAAGCGGAUUUUUAGGCAAUUGUUUCACUGAUACAGUAUACAAUGCACUCGGCGAUUUUAUGGAUCUGUUGACCAUCGUUAAUAAUGGUAUUAAUUUCAUAUUAUAUUGUUCAAUGUCCCAUCAAUUUCGAACAACAUUUAUACAUUUUUGUACAAAAAUAUUUCCAAAAUACAGGUAAACAGAUAUUAAAUUAAAGGCCAGUGAUUUAUUGUUAUUUCAUAUGUCCCUCUUUCUCUCCCUUUCUCCCUUUGUGUGUGUGUAAUUGUGCGUAUUUGUAAUUAUAUUUACAUUUCAUUAGGUAAUUUUAAAAAAAUCAGUUUACCCUUUCAUGAUUUCUGAAAUGGACAAUUAGAUGUGUAAAAAGUAUACAUGUAUGCAUGUAUAUUGUUCUAACUAAUGUAUCUAUUCGUCAGCUGAUGUGAUUAUAAUAAUACAAAAAUGAGUUUGGUACAUAUCAUACGUGUCUUUAUUGCCUUAUCACAUAUCCCUAUUAAUAUUAUUAUUAUUAAUAUAAUCAAUUUAAUGUGUUAAUCAUUAUUGGAAGUAGUAUAUGUGUGAUUGGUGUUCACUGAACUAUAUAUAUAUGACUACUGUAUGAUUCGUAGUGGG